CAAAAAUGUUGACAUUUGCAGCUGCGGACUCUCGUCUCGCAAAGGAAACUCCAAAAGCCGAGAGAGCGCUCGAAAUUCGUCGUCGUUUGUUUGGCGCACCUGGCUGCUAUAAGUAGAGUGAGAGGAACUACACUCCAUCCUCUACGAAGACGACCUAUUUCUAUCGAUUGCAACUUCGACAGAAAAAGACGACGUCCAUUUCCCUGACGCUAGUAGUGGCAGGGAGCUAUCGUUCGAUUCCGAAGAUACAGUCGAGCUUUUUGUUUUGUUUUCUCGGCUGAGUCAUUUUCUUGCCGUUUGAAGCAGGAAAAGUUUAAGUAGCAUUUCACUUACUAUUAACACUUUUGAGCGGGUAUUCCGUAGUGGUAUUUGCAGAAGUCUUUCGAACAAGAUCGUAAGAAAAUACGAAUUUCCAGCUUCUGUCGCGGUUUUCGCUUUUCAUCUCAGGCUCCUCAACUAGCGGCAGUAAGUGGUCAUCCCUGAUCAGAAAAUGAAAGCCGCAUUUUCAUGCUGCUGCUCGGGCAAGGAGUCCUUGAAAUUAAACGAGCAGAAGCUGAGUCCGAUUCAUCAGGACGAAGCGGACAAGUACUCCAUUUUCGGCAAGAAGUAUGUGACCAGCGGCGCAAAGAAUUCCGUGCUGAAGGUCAAGCAAAAGUUCUGGUCCAUGACGGGAAACGACUAUGACGUAAUGGACAUGAACGACGACAAGGAGGAAAAGAUCGCUUUCAAGGUGAAGGGAGAGAAGUGGUCCCUGCGGAAGCAGAAGAAAAAGAUUUUUGACAGCGACGGGAAGCCGGUGUUUUCCAUUUUCGGCACGGGCUGGUUCCACCACAAGCAAGCGGUCAAAAAGCUUGACGCGAAGGAGGAAGAGGGGGAGCAGGACAUCUGCACUGUAUAUUAUGCCAUAGAUUUUUUGACGAUAUUGGAUACAUCGUAAUUUUCGUGCACUUGUUUUCAGCUCAUGAUCAGGAUAUUUUCGUGGCGUUUUGAUUUUUCGCGAUACACAAAUGAAAAUAUGUUUAAAACGACAUCUUUCACAGAUCAAUUCCAACUGCCCCAACACGGUCCAGUACACGGAAGACGGCAUUUCCGGGAAAAACAAGUUUUACCUGAAGUAUAUCCAGUGUGAAAGAGCGGCUCCCUCCCCAAAGUCAACAUGGGCCUUUUUCUACACCAAGAACUCACCGCUUUUGGUUGUCGCUCAUGACUACAAGUUUGGGCUCAAAGCGUCAUGGUGUUUAGCCAGUUGUGUAGCUGCACCAGAAAAAAUCGAUCGCGUCAUUCGGAAUCAUCUAGCGUGUGAAAAAAAUUUGCAGCCAACGAAAAUUCGAAUAUUGAAAAUGCUGAUCAUGGUGAGGUUGCACAUGAGAAGCGCUGUAGUCUUCCUUGCAGACUUGCAUAAAACAAGUCUGGGGAGGUGUUGA